AUGGCUCUUGUUUAUCUAUUCUGUCUCAUUAUCUUUCUCCACUCCAACUCUCACCAUGCGCAAGCAAUCAAACCCACAGCUGAAGUAGCAGCAGACCAGAAAGAAAGCCAGCAAACCUACAUUGUCCAUGUCAAGAGAGCAGCCGGCACAACUUUAGCCGAGUCAGCAGAUAACAAGGCUUUUUACCAGUCAUUUUUACCAAUCACCAUCGCGAGCUCCGAGCAGAAUGACCGUUUGCUCUAUGCUUACGACCAUGUAUUCACCGGCUUUGCAGCAAGGCUUACACCAAAUGAAGUGAAUGCCAUGGCAAAGAAGGAUGGGUUCGUGAGAGCUUACCCUGAAAGGAUAUAUAAUCUCCAGACGACAGAAACCCCCCAGUUCUUGGGUUUGCAACAGGAGCUGGGAUUCUGGAAUCAGUCAAACUUCGGCCGGGGUGUGAUUAUUGGAGUACUGGACUCAGGAAUUGCUCCUGGUCAUCCUUCAUUCAAUGACGAGGGAAUGCCACCACCUCCUUCCAAGUGGAAAGGCAAAUGCGAGUUCAACGGAUCAGAAUGCAACAACAAGCUUAUUGGUGCAAGGACUUUUGAUCUUGCAGCUAAGACAAAGAACGGGACAGCAGGCUCACCUGCCGACGAAGAUGGACAUGGAACUCACACAUCAAGUACAGCUGCUGGUAGCUUUGUUCAAAAUGCCGAUGCACUUGGAAAUGCAAAAGGAACUGCGGUUGGAAUGGCACCUCAAGCUCAUUUAGCAAUGUACAAAGUGUGCCCCCUUGAUCACUGUGCUGGGAGUGACAUACUAGCUGGGCUUGAUGCAGCUAUCCAUGAUGGAGUCGAUGUGAUCUCAAUCUCAUUGGGUGGGGAACCCGGUACUCCCAUGUAUGAGGACAUGAUUGCAAUUGGGUCCUAUGCAGCAAUGCAGAAGGGGAUAUUUGUCAGCUGUGCUGCUGGAAAUUCCGGUCCUUCUAACAGUACAGUAUCUAACGAAGCCCCAUGGUAUCUCACGGUGGGGGCAAGCACAUUAGAUAGAAAACUUUCUGUAUCAGCAAAGCUAGGAAAUGGAGAAGAACUUGAGGGUGAAUCCCUUUCAAGAAACUUUGGUCCAACAGUAGCAUGGUCUAUCUUUGAUGCUGCAAGCAUCAACGGCCAACCAACAUCUAAAUUUUGCGGAAAGGGGGCUCUGAAUGGUACAGAUCUGAAGGGAAAGAUUGUCCUGUGUGAGAGAGGCGGUGGAGUUUCUAGAGUUAGCAAAGGCAUGGAAGUGAAAUCUGCAGGUGGAGCAGCCAUGAUUCUCGUGAAUGGAGAGGCAGACGGCUUCAAUACUAUAGCUGAUGCUCAUGCCCUUCCUGCUACCCAUGCCAGCUUUGAUUCAGCUCAGAAGAUUAGAGCUUACCUGAACUCAACAAGCACACCAAUAGCUUCACUGUUGUUCAAAGGAACUGUCGCAGGGAACAACUCAUCAGCACCUGUUGUUGCUUCUUUCUCAUCUAGAGGGCCAACACUGGAAGCAGUGGGAAUUUUGAAACCUGAUAUUAUUGGGCCUGGAGUGAACAUUCUAGCUGCAUGGCCAUUCCCCCUGGAUAAAAGUACAAACACGAAGUCAACCUUCAAUGUUGAAUCUGGAACAUCAAUGUCAUGCCCUCAUCUCAGUGGCAUUGCAGCAUUGCUCAAAAGCUCUCAUCCUACUUGGUCACCAGCUGUCAUAAAAUCUGCCAUGAUGACGUCUGCUGAUCUGCUUAAUAGGGAAGGCAAGCAAAUUGUUGAUCAGAAUCUUCAGCGUGCCGACUUCUUUGCCACUGGAGCGGGCCAGGUGAAUCCAACUAGAGCGAAUGACCCAGGUUUGGUCUACGACAUCCAGCCUGAUGACUAUAUACCUUAUCUGUGUGGGCUACGCUAUACCAAUGAUCAAGUUGGGAUCAUAGCAAAUAAACCCGUCAACUGUUCACAGCAGAAAACUCAAUCUUCUGGGCAGUUGAACUACCCUUCGUUUUCUGUAACACUGGGAGGACCUCCACAGACUUUCUCAAGAACAGUGACAAACAUUGGGGAAGCAAACUCAUCGUACAUUGUAACAAUCCUUCAUCCGGCAGGAGUUGAUGUGAUUGUCGAGCCCUCAAAUUUGACAUUUGCGGAAGUGGGUCAAAAGGCGACGUAUACAGUCACAUUCAGUCGUGUUGCAAACAGUAAUGUCGCCAGUGGUUUUGCUGAAGGAUUCAUCAAAUGGGUUUCUGAUAAGCGAGUUGUCAGGAGCCCGAUCUCCGUAAUGUUCAAGUAA